GGAAUAAUACAAUUUUAAAAAUAUCAUGAAAAAUAAAUGUUUUUGCAAAAUAUAAAGCCAAAUAAAAAACAUAAAAGAAAGACGAUGUGAACAGUGUUUGACUAACCUCAGGUCUCCUCCAAGAGGCUUCCAAUGGCUGUCUGCACAGAAUAACUGAACACCAAAAAAAAAAGAAUUAAACAGACAAAGAAACAAGUCCAAAACCUCUUUAGAUGCAUCUGUGUUGUGUCUCAAAGACCAUAAUUUCUUGUCUGUUCCAACAAAUCAGGAAAUAACUCUGUUUCAAGAUGGUGAACGCAAUCCCAAAGCCUAUCAAAGACAUAUGGGACGCAUGGAGUAUCCGAACUACCUUAAUCUUCAGUCUCAGCCUCCAAAUGUUUCUCAUUUUCUUUGCACCUCAAAGGAAACGCACAUCCAGAAAGGUACUACUCUCUCUCAUCUGGUCAGCUUAUCUUCUUGCCGAUUGGGCAGCCAACUUCGCCGCGGGACAAAUCUCUGAUAGUCAAGGAGACGAUGCAGAACCCGGAGAACCUAAAAAUAACAGUAAACUCUUAGCUUUUUGGGUUCCUUUCUUGCUCUUGCAUCUCGGUGGUCCAGAUACAAUCACUGCCCUUGCGCUUGAAGAUAAUGAGCUCUGGCUUAGGCACUUGUUGGGUCUUGGCUUUCAAGCAAUCGCCACCGUCUACGUGUUUUUGCAGUCGUUACCAAACGAUCUGUGGAGACCCAUUGUGCUGGUUUCUGCAACAGGAGUGAUCAAGUAUGUUGAGAGAACAUUAGCCUUGUACUUGGCGAGUCUAGACAAGUUUAAAGACUCCAUGAUUCAGCGGCCUGAUCCUGGACCAAACUACGCGAAGCUCAUGGAGGAAUACGCGGCUAAGAAGGUUAUGAAGAUGCCUACACAGAUUAUCAAGAUCGAGGAGCCUGAGAAAGAUCCAAAGGCCGGCGCUAAGGUUAAGCCUGACGACCUCACUGAGCUUAAUAUUCUCCAGUACGCUUAUAAGUACUUCAACAUCUUCAAAGGUCUUGUGGUUGAUCUUAUCUUCACCUUUCAACAACGAGCUGAAAGCAAACGAUUCUUUAGCGAGCUGAAACCAGAUGAAGCGCUAAGAAUCUUGGAGGUUGAGCUCAACUUCAUCUACGAAGCUCUUUACACGAAAGCUGAGAUUCUUCAUAAUUGGAUAGGAGUCAUCUUCAGGUUCAUUGCUCUUGGAUGCCUUAUAGCAGCUCUCCGCAUCUUCCAAUACAAGGACAAGAAAGACUAUGGUGAUUUUGAUGUUGGCCUUACUUAUGCUUUGCUGAUAGGAGGGAUAGCUCUGGAUUGCAUUGCUCUUAUCAUGUUCUGUCUGUCUGACUGGACCUUUGUUAGGCUGAGGAAGAUGAAGGACGAGGUUGAUGAUCCUGACACUAAGUUCGACAAGUUUCUUAACAGGAUUCUUGUAGCCAGAGGGUUGAAAACAGAGAAGUACAGAUGCUUUAAACCCAAGGAUGCAGUGUCUCAUGAAGUGAACAACAAACUUAACUGGUUCAACAAGAUUAUAAAGCCAAUUCUCAUUUCCAUGAGGCUGAAGAAGGACGAAGACGUUGAGAAGGAUAGAACGGACAAGACAUGUCAUGAAGUCCUUGACACUUUCUUUAUGGUACGCAGGUGGUCUGAGUACGUACAUGCACACAACUUGCUAGAGUACUGUCUUUGGAUAACACCGAAGCGGAUCCAUCACACAAAGGGUUUCAUACACAUGUCCUUUGACUGGUUUUUCGCGGUUUUUCGCAUUGGAGUUGUCUUUGAAGCCAUUGGAAAAGCAAUUGCAUUCUGUUUCCACAGUAUAAAGCAAGCGGGUCAUAAUGUUUACAAGUGGUUUGACAAUAAGAUAAGUGUUUUAUGCAAGAACAGAAAAUGGUUAAAGGAAGAUUAUAUUAGGAGUUGGAUCUACUGGACGUUCGUCAUUGUUCAUCUUCUUGGUUAUCUGAUAAGAAAGUUCAUGGACUUCUUUGGGAUACAAGCUCAGUUUGAGGAGAUUAUCUUUACAUCAAGUGAUCGUGUCACUCUUGAUCUGUGGGAGCAUAUAUUUGGAGAGGUUUUGAAGAAAUCCCGUUUCGCUGACGACUCGGAAAGCGCCAUGAGGGUCUCUUCAGCUAGAGGUGACUGGAGUCUGCGUGACAUACAAGGUGAAGACAGAGAGACAGAGAAAAAGCGUGAGAAGCUUCUACGCUAUGUGAUGGAAAUGGACUAUGAUCAGAGUCUUCUUGUGUGGCAUAUUGCAACCGAGCUCUUAUACCAAUCAGAACCAGCCACUGAAGAGAGUCAUAGUGACCGUGAGUUUAGUAAAAUCCUUUCAGACUACAUGAUGUACCUCAUGAUGAUGCAACCAACUUUGAUGUCAGCUGUUGUGGGUAUUGGAAAGAUAAGAUUCAGGGACACCUGCGAAGAGGCGAAAAGGUUUUUCGAUAGGAGGCAUAUCGAAUACGGAGACAUAAAGAAGGCCAGUGAGGCGAUUUUAUCUGUGACGGCUCCAGCAAAAGCUGAACCUAUUGACGUGAAAGGUGAUAGAAGUAAGUCGGUCCUGUUUGAUGGGAGCAUGCUGGCGAAAGAGCUUAAAGGUUUAAAAGAGCUCCCAGAACCAAAGGAGCUUAAUGGCUUGAAGAAAGUCAAGGGAGAAGCAUACAUGUGGGAAGUAGUGAGCAAAGUGUGGGUUGAGUUACUUUCUUAUGCAGCAACUAAGUGUGGUGCUAUUGAACAUGCAGCUCAGCUAAGCAAAGGUGGAGAACUCAUCAGCUUUGUGUGGCUGUUGAUGGCUCAUUUUGGGCUAGGAGACCAGUUCCAGAUCAACCAAGGAGAUGCUAGAGCUAAACUGGUUAUAGGCAAGUGAUCCUCUAAUAACCGGCAGCAACAUUAGUUUCCUCCGUUUGCUUUUAUUGUGUUCUUUUGUCGUUUCAAAGAGUAAUGUCUUGAACUGUUUGCAUCUGUUGUAUCAUUACCAGCAAUUAUAUCAUCUGCAUUGUAGCUCAUUGACCUUCUUGUUUAUCUUCUGUUUGGCUGAUACAUUCAUUUUUGUGAGCUUGGUUAAUU